GAGAGAGCAAAUAACGAAAAUCGACUAUGGGGGUGGACGUGGAAGUGGAGUCACGGGAGGCGGUACUAUUAACAACGGACAGGGAAGAGGAGGAGAGUAGUCGAGAGACAUGGACUCAGAAAAAGCAAACCCUAAUCCAAGAACUGGCUCGGAAGGUCAUUAAUGGUGACCUUGAGUCCAAGAUACAGGCUGCCAGAGACGUCAGGAAGCUCGCCAAGACCUCUGUCAAGACCCGCUCCAACCUUGCUAUCGCUGGUGUCAUCGAACCCCUUGUCUCCAUGCUCGCCUCUUCCAACCUCGAUGCCAGACAAGCUGCUCUCCUUGCUCUCCUCAAUCUCGCCGUUCGUAACGAACGAAACAAGGUCAGGAUAGUGACAUCUGGUGCUAUACCCCCACUUAUAGAGCUCCUCAAGUUCCAAAAUGGCGGUUUAAGGGAGCUGGCCACGGCAGCAAUCCUGACACUUUCUGCCUCCGCUUCUAACAAACAAGCAAUUGCUGCUUCUGGAGCAGCCCCCCUUCUCGUUCAGAUCCUAAGCUCUGGAAGUCUGCAAGGCAAAGUUGAUGCAGUUACAGCCCUAUACAACCUCUCUUCCGGCACAACAAUCCUUAAUCCCGUCCUAGCUACUGAAGCGGUUCCUCCCCUCCUCACCCUCCUCAAGGAAUGCAAAAAAUACUCCAAAUUUGCUGAGAAGACAACUGCCUUGCUUGAAAUGCUGUCCAACUAUGAAGAAGGUCGAACAGCAAUAUCAAAUUCCAAAGGUGGAAUUCUAACCCUGGUGGAAACCAUAGAAGAUGGGUCCCUGAUCAGCACAGAGCAUGCAGUAGGGGCUCUACUCUCACUGUGCCAGAGCUGCCGCAGUAAGUACAGAGAACUCAUCCUCAAAGAAGGCGCAAUCCCAGGUCUUCUGCACUUAACUGCAGAAGGCACAGAGAAAGCACAGGAGAGAGCACGGACACUGCUGGACUUGCUUCGAGAUUCUCCUCCACAAAAGAGAUUGGCAUCUGCGGUUUUGGAGAGCAUAGCUUAUGAUAUUGCUAAAAGAGUAGAUGGUGCAGACAAAGCUGCUGAAACUGCCAAGAGGUUAUUGCGUGACAUGGUUCACCGGAGCAUGGAACAAAGUAUGAGUCGGCUCCAACUCAGAGCUGCAUCGUCUACACCUCAACUUCCAUCUGCAUGAAGAUGUUUUCGCCAAUUUUAGAAGCGAUCUCAUUAAAUGAUUCUUAGUGAAACCUCUCCUGUAUUUUGACCCCACUAAGAGCUUCACGCUGUAGUUUAUGAGAACUGUGGAGUACUAGUGUGAAAUGUUUGGGCAGUUGACCACUGGGUGACUAGUGACUACAGUUCUGGGCUCCAAGAACUCAAGUGCAAGAACGUAUAGGUCACCUAACUACUCUGUUGUGUAUUAGAAAUAUUCAUUUCCAUACGAAAAGAUGUAC